CUCAUCUUCCAGACUAGAGCCUGCAAAGGUGGCGUCCACAGCGUCGAGAUGACUAUUUGGUGCAACUCCUGCAAGCAUCACGUACGGGCUCCGUGCACCUCUCACCGCCUGCCUGAGGAUGACCGCCGCUCAUGCUGCAGAAGGAUCAGAUCCACCAAAGGAGCCUCCAAAGCCCGGCGGGACCACAUCAAUCAUGAGAUCAGGAAUAUGCGGGCUCUGUUGCCCAUCAGCCAGGAGGACCAGGAGCGUCUCUCCUACCUCCACUCCAUGGCAGCCAUCUGCACCUACAUCAGGAAGUCUGUUCUCUUCCAGGGACUCCUGGCUGGGGAGAGAUCACACUGCUCUCUGCCCUACGAGGCCUUUCUUCACGCCCUGCAUGGCUUCAUCCUGGUCACUACCGCCAGUGGGAGGCUGGUCUAUGUGUCGGAAAAUGUAGCCGAACAUCUUGGUCUGUCCAUGAUAGAUGUGCUUCAGGGAGACACUUUCUAUGACAUGGUGGAACGAUCUGAUGUUGAGAUUGUUAAAUCAAACCUGGACAUCGAAAACGACUCAUCAUCAGAGAGGAGCUUUAUAUGUUGUAUGCAAACCUCCAAGGCCUUCAAGCUGAGACACAGCAGCUGCUGCUCCAUGCUGGUCAGAGGGAGCUUCCAGUCCUUCCCUCAGCCCUGUCCGCCCUCCUCUGCAGCCUCUCCCAGCGCCGAGCCUCUGUUCGUGGCCCUCUGCACCCCCACAGUGAACCGCCUGAGGACCUCUGCCUCCCACCUCUGUCACAGCUUCAGCAGUUUGCACAGACUCGAUAUGUCCUUCACUCAGCUGUCAGACAGUGUUUUAUAUUUUUUGGGGUAUCCAGCGGAUGAAAUGACCGGUCGAUCAUGGUACAGUCUCAUCCAUCCUGAAGACCUUUCGUUAAGUGCAGAUUCUCACAGAAGUCUAAUGCAGACAGAUGAGGGCUUCCAGGUUGAGAUGGUGCUGAGGCUCCAGUGCGAGGAUUUGUCAUGGACCUGGAUCUACGUUCGAGCUAACAAGGACUGUCAGGGCAUUAACUGCACUAACUACAUCAUCAGCGAAACAGAGGCCAGAUUUCUGCAGAAGACCAUCAGCAGCGAUGCCUUCAGGCCAUCGUCUCUGGCAAAUUCCUGCCUUUUCGCUGCUCAACAGGCGCCCUGCUCUCAGACCUACAACAACACUAAAUGUUUUAAAAGGCAGAGGACAUCUGACAGCCAGAGCGAGGAGCCAGGUGCCAGAGAUAGGAGGGAGUCAGAGCAAGACAUACACUACGUGGCGCGCGCCUCCUUCCAAGGCGAUAGCUCACCUGUUCCCUUUGGUGACGGCCCAGCUCUCUUCACCCCCCCCUAUAGCCCAGCCUCCUCCAGCUCCCCUCUGCAGCAGGAGGAGCUAAGCCAUGACCUCCUGAUGGAUGUGCAUGGAUACACGGAUCAGCUGCUGUCCUCCCCUGAGGGCUCUCCCUCAUACUACUCCUACCCAGAGGCAGGGCUCACCUGUCACCCAUCACCCUCCGACUCCCUCCCUGCAGCCGCCGAGCAAACCUUUGACCGGGAAGCCUUCGGUGCGCUCGCUGCCCGCUCGCCUCUCUCCUCCUCAUCUCCCACCUAUGAUUUCCAAGCUUGUAGAUCUGAUGCUCGAUUAGUUCCAGACUGCCUGUCUGCGUCCGACGUUUGUGAAAGCCCAGUGGACUGUGCUCUGCAUCAAGACGAUUUUGGCGUUCUAGAGCAGCCAGAAGGGGGCAGCCUCGUCCAAGUGCAUCAUGUGCCCCACAAUGCGUUGCCUAUACAUUCCAGUCUACUUACCCCCAACCAGUCACCCACAUCCACAGAGUCCAACCAGUACAAUGAGAGGGAGCAGGCAGAGAUCAGUAUUCUGGCACAGCAAAUCUCUUCUCUGGCCAGCAGCUUUGACAUGUAUCACACCCUGAAACCGCUUCAAAAUGUGGUCCAAACUGCAGCUGCUGAAACCCUGUCCUCAGCCUGUGACUGGCCCAAUCACCCUCCUCUCCCCUCGGUCCUUCCUCUUAAGCACGAGCUGGUGCUUGAUGAUGGCGUGUUCGACAGCAUCCUGAAAGACCUGGACAUGGACACAAGAAAAAGCAGCACGUCCGGUCCUGCUGUUGUGUCGUACAGCCACCAGCAGGGUUCAGUGAGCAGCGGGAGUGGGCCCCGUCGUUUGGCGCAGGAGCCCCUCGGUCUCUCCUCGGCCAACCCAGAGGAGCCACUGCCUGCAGAGCAGUUCACUGCCAUGGAUCCCUUCACUUUGCAGUUGGGACGCUCUGACCAAAACACUGGGUUGCAUCAACUCAACCGCUAUAUGCAGAGUAGCCUUCACCAAGGUGGACUUGCUAAAGAAAAUCUGUACUGAAACUAGUCUGUGACUUACUGUACGACCACUGGUAUGACAUAUUGUCAGGGCAAUCUUCCCUCACUGGAUUCAAAGAAGAAUGUGAGCAAAGACAUUUAAAGGACAUCUAUGCUAGGACACUGUGUCCCCACAGAUGCCUUAUUUCUGAAUGUGGAAAAGAAUCUAAAGUAGAUUCUGUACUCUUCAACAGCUUUGUCUUCAUUCCUCUAGACUGCUGCCAACUUUGUGAAUGUUUUGCUGAUGACUUAUAUUUUAUGAAAAAGGUACUUUUUAAAAUGUCAACACUUACAUGCUGUAAUGGAGGUAUAUUUUUCUUCUAAUACUAAGUGACCACAGUUUACUAUUGAGCACUUUAUCAUAUCAUUGCCACAAAAAAAUUAUAAAUGAGAAGAUGUGCUGUUUAAAGGAAUAUUACCUAGAUUUCAAAGCUAACUGGAUGAGCUAUAACACAUAAUUCAGCCAUUUUGAAAUACUUGUUUUUAGGUGCCUUAAAACAUGUUGGCAAGUCACUUAUCAAUUUGCUAAGUUUGCUAAAAAUAAUAUUUCCCUUCCUUAUUUUUUAAGUGUCUCAUUUUUCUCCGUGUGCCAUGAAUGCUUUCAAGCUGUUGUGAAUAAAAAAACAGCCUCACUCCGCGAGCAGUGAGAUAACGAUGACUGUAAAUUCAACAGUUACCUCAGUGGUACAGCUAAAUACAUUCCAAGUGUGAUUUUUAUGACUUAAUGGUAUUUAUUUGGUAUUGAACACACCGACUUAACCUUACUCACUUAACAGUGCCAAAUUAAUGUGUAUUCAUUCCAGAUAAAUAUUUUCCAAGGUACUGGAACUUUAAAAGUCUGAAUUUUCAAUGUAAUUUUGUUAC